AUGAACUUCAUUAGACAAUUAUCAUCAAGUUGUAGAUUACAAAAGUACGAUAAGUACUGGAAAGUAACCAAGUACGUCAAGCCUAUAGAUACCAAAGUUUAUGAGGCCGGAGAAGUCAUAUCGAGAAAUACCCAUGUUCCUAAAUCAAGAGUUCAUUAUCCUGAAUAUCCAUACGAAGCAUUAAUGUUUAAACAACAAAAUAGAGGUUUAUAUGGUGGAUUACAAAAGAAAUCAUCAAAGACUUGUUCAGAAUACGGUAACAAGAAUUUAAGAACUCAUUCACCUAACAUUGUCAAAACAAAAUUAUAUUCAGAAGUUUUGGAUAAAGUAUUUCAAUUAAAAGUAGCCACAAGAGUCUUAAGAACCAUAACAAAAGAAGGUGGUUUAGACAAAUAUUUAUUAAAAGAUAAAUCUGCCAGAAUUAAAACCAUGGGUAAAGUUGGUUGGAGAAUCAGAUAUGAUAUAAUGAAGAAAUUACAAUUAAAUGAAUUGAACGAAGGUAAUAAUACACCAAACACUGUUUAUCACAUCGAUAACGAAGGUAGAAAAUUCAUUGUAGGAAAGAAGAAAUUAAUGAAUGAAUUAUAUCAAUUCGUUAAGUCAGAUAGUUAUGUGGAGUUAUCAUUUAAUGAUUUCUUAAUAAAAUACAAUUGGAUGAAUAUUGAUGAAGUUAUUGAAAGUUUGGAGAAACAUAACUUUGACUUCACAAAAUUUAUCUUACCAGAACAAUCAUUAGAAGCUCAAACUGCUUAA